GUCGCGGUAACAAAGCGUAGUGAUGUCUGACGGUAGUGGUCAGUGUGUGUGGUGCGAGUGGUAGGAGAGGACGUGCAGGAAACGAAAUAAUAAUGUUGUUCAUACUCGCCAUAGCUCUAACACUUGCCAGUGCCCAGGCUAAAUUCUACACCGACUGUGGGUCUAAGCUGGCGACUGUUAAAAAUGUCGGGGUGAGCGGAUGUGCCGAGGAUGCCAAGGAAUGCGUGCUGAGAAGGAAUACCAACGCUACAAUUAGUGUGGACUUUGUACCAUCCACCGACGUCGAAUCUCUCGAGACGGUUGUACACGGUAUCAUAAUGAACCUGCCAGUUCCUUUCCCGAUGCCACAACCGGAUGCCUGCAAGGAUUCGGGCCUCAACUGUCCCUUAAAGGCCGGCGAAGAAGCGUUUUACAAAACGACAAUGCCAGUUUUGAAAUCGUAUCCCAGAGUAAAAGUGGAAGUUAAAUGGGAACUUAAAAACGAUUCUGGAGACUACGUUUGUAUCAUGAUACCAGCAAAAAUUAACUAAAUUUUGACAUUCAAACCAAACCAAAGACAAUAAAGCUGUCUAUGAAAAUAACCUUAAGAAAAUUAAAAAAGUUCCGAUAACUGUAAUGAUUGUAAUGUGUAUUAUAAGUAUUAUUAAAAUAGAAGCGACUCUAUCUUUAUCUUUGUCUGUCUAUAGAAAUCGCUAGAUUACAAAUAACGUACAAAUAUAAAAAUCUUAAUUUCUGACUUUAUUAUACAUAAGUUUUAACACAGUUUUAUUUAAGCACAAGUUUAUAUAUAUCUAGGACUGUUAUAGUUAUAAUAUUAUUAUAAAAAAUUGUCCAAAUACAUUUUUACCAUAGAUACAUUUAUAUACAUUUUUUUAUUUUAUUAUAUAGAUUUGUUUUUCUUUUUUGACUUUUGUAUUUUUUAGAUUCAUUAAGUAGAAUUUGCUUAACAUUUUUUUCCAAAGCUAUAGUAAAAAAUAAAAACUGAAACAAU